AUGAUUCACGCACUGAAUAAAAGAGAAACAAAACUCCUUGCCUUUGAUGAGCUGAAUCAUAUCCCGAUCGAGGAAGCAAUCUCCUUGUCACAGUUAACUUUUGAUGAAGAUAGGCAAUACACGUCUGUACGCUUAAGUGAACGGCGGCGUGGUGGAGGGAAACGACGAGCUACUCGAUUCUCGACUCCCUGCAAAUCCUUCCCCGGUAUCACCAAUUCCUUUCUGUUACUUUUAAGUGAUUCAUCGCUGGAGAUGAAGUUCCUGGAUUGGUAUUUGAAGAUUGCAGCUGUUUCGGCCUUGAUCGGAGCUUCAAUGGAGUUCUUUAUGAUCCAAACUGGUUUCUAUGACAAGGUGACUGUCUUGGAGUCGGAGAAGAGAGCUUGGGAAAACUCUCCAGAAGCUCAAGCUAUCAGAGAGGCUCUAAAUCCCUGGGGAGAGCAUGAUAGAGAGACAAGAAAGAAUUCCUAGCUGUCUUAUAUUUUUCCUUAGUAUUGCUCUCUUGGUUGGGAAAAUUGGCUGACCAGAGGAUAAUUGGAGGCCGGUGAACUGGUUGGUUGCUCUUGUGACAAGUUCCUGGUUUAGGGCUCUAUUUAUUCUUGCUGAUGGUAUCUUUUUGGCAGAGUAUGCAGUAUAACCUUGGAGAAGCAUAGUGCCGGGUUUUUUAUUUACACCAAUGUACUAUUAAUUAAUUAAUGAGCUAAACUUUUUCAUUUAGUAUCCUUGUGAUGUGAUUGUCACAAGAAACUACCCUUUAAUUGUCAGUGUUUAUGGGGACAGAGGACUUGCUGAUGGUUCUUUUAGCCUAUUACAAAUGAUCGUAUUCUGACUUGCAUAGUGAAUGCUGGCGUAUUCUAAAGCUUUACAAGAUCAAGUAUCAUUUAUUCAACAAGUCAUCCAGAUCCAGAGCCUUUCCCAUGGCCCUUGGCAUGAAACCCUUUGUGUAGCCUAGACUAAGAUGAAGAUGUUUGCUUGGUGAACUAGUUUGCUUGUGACCUCCAAUUUUCUGUAAUCUAUUUUCUUUGAUAGCUACUAUUUUUAGGUCAAUGACAAUAUAAAAAUGGCUUUAUUGACAGUCCAAGAAGGAAAUUUUGGGGCUGUGAA